AUGAUUUAUAGAAAUAUAACAACAGUGAAGGACUUCAUGAUACUUCGGUUUCCAGGACUUGACCCAAAAUAUUACGGAGCUGUGUCUACUCUCAUGUUCUUCACCUACUUGGCUAUUGUUGUUGGAAAUACUUUUAUUGUAGUUCUCGUUGGGGUCAGGAGGAAUCUUUACAAGCCAACAUAUCUAAUCUUCUGGCAUUUGGCAAUUAAUGAUUUGUUAUUUGGGACACUGACAUUACCAAAAAUGAUAUCAAGAUAUUUUUGGGAUGACAAGAUGAUAUCUUUUGCUGCCUGCUUCACUCAGAUGUAUUUUGUUCAUUCCUUAGGAGCAAUUCAUUCUCUCCUUCUGCUAAUAAUGGCCCUUGAUCGUUUUAUUGCAGUUGUUUUCCCAUUAAGAUACCCUGUUCUAAUCACCAACAACAUUAUUACUCUGUCUUGUGGGUUGUCCUGGAUUGGGAUAUUUAAGAUGGCAGUUCUAUAUCAUGCUCUAACCUUGCCUUAUUGUGAUUCUAAUAUCAUUGUGCAAUGUUAUUGUGAUCACAUUUCAAUUACAAAACUGGGAUGUGAUGAAAAUGUAAAAUAUGUUCAGAGUGUUGCUUUCAGUCUUGCAAUGUUUAGUCUUUUGCUUCUACUUUCGUUUAUCAUCGUUUCCUAUAUAUUCAUCUUUGCAGAUGUUUUGAGAAUAGCAAACACCAGGGGACGAUACAGAGCUUUAUCAACGUGCACACCACAGUUAUUGAUUUGUUGCCUGUAUUACCUACCAAGAUGUUUUGUUUAUCUUGCUAAUUUUACAGUUUUCUCUUUCAGCUCUGACAUCCGCAUGUUAUUGAUAUUUUUUAGCCUUAUUCCUUGUGCUGUUAACCCACUCAUUUAUUGCUUCAAAACCAGAGAAAUUAAAGAUAUUGUGAUGAAGGGAUUAAAACAUGUUAAAAUUGGAGUUAAGUAA